UAAGGUAUUAGAGUUAAUUGAAAUCAAAUAAUCAUCCAGUAAUUAGAUAAUUGUGUCUUGUUUAUCUCCUAACAGGAUUGUGUUGGUGAGAUUGGGUUUGUUGGAAUAGACUGUUUUGUUUAUUUGAUUGGUAUUUUUCAGCCGAUACUGGGCUCGUCGAAGUAUGCCCAAUAGAAUAAACAAAUAUGCCACGGGAUAUUCUUAGUGAUAGCUUUUCAGUGUUAAGUAUUGUAGAGCAUGAAGAUGAAGAGAACUGGCCUCUAGAAGAGAAACCAUCUUGUAGACAAAAUGAUAAGAAAACAAUACACAUUUCAUUGAACAGUCAAAAAACUAAAGAUGACUGUGCAUGCUAUUAUAAUUAUGGACUUGGAGACGGCAGCAGUAACAGGCAGCUAGACCCCAUAUAUCAGUAUAAAACCAGCAGUUUGCCAGCUGCUUCCAGCAUCAAUCAAUCAUGGGAUGAAAUAGUUUGCUCUGCUCUAAGAUUGAGUCCAGAAGACAUUGCAAAUCAACUAACAUUACUUGAUCUACCAUGUUUUAAAGCUAUUCAGCCAAAUGAACUGACUACUUGCUGUUGGAACAAAGCAAACAAGCAGACUGUGGCUCCAAAUGUAGUCGCAUUUACUAAAAGGUUUAACAGGGUAAGCUUUUGGACCGUACAAGAAGUAUUGAAUGGCCAAUCACCUAAAGCAAGAGCUGAAACCCUGACGCAUUUUAUUAAAGUAGCAAAAAAGUUACAUGACCUCAAUAAUUUGCAUUCUCUGUUUGCUGUCAUAUCUGCGUUGAAUAGUGCUAGUAUAUAUAGAUUGACAAAAACAUGGGCAUGCUUAUCAAAGAAGGAUAAACAACAAUUUGAUAAACUAGCAGAACUGUUUGGCGAAGAAGAUAACUGGACAGCCCUGAGAGAAUAUUUGAAAAGCAUAUCUUUACCCUGCAUACCUUUUAUGGGUAUAUUUUUAACAGAUUUAACAUAUAUAAACAUUGCCCACCCGGCUCGUUCGCCUCACCGGACCGCCAAAAUGGCGGUAGUUUUAAAAACAAUUGGGAAAUACCAAACAUCGGAAUAUGAUAUUACACCUUUGCCCCAUGUAGCCACAUAUCUUAACAGCGUUCGUUAUAUAGAGGAGCUUCAGAAAUUCCUGGAAGAUGAUCAGUACAAAUUGUCACUAAAGCUGGAGUCCCCCUCGCCCGUCGGCAGCUGCGCCGGGUCCAAGGAGUCCGUGAAAGAGACCGGCGUGGCCGGUGCGCCCGCCGCCUACUCGCUCUCGCCCUCGCACCGGCUCGGCUCCGGCUCGCUCCGCCUGCACACCAACUACCCCCACUCCAAAUUCAUACCUACACACAGGAAAUGUAGAUCGCUGGGAUCUAACAUUUUCGGAAAGGGGCAGUCCGACGAGAAGACGCCGGCGGGCUCGGUGAACUUACUCGACGACACGCUGCUCGAGUCGCCGGGCUCCAUGGCCGGGGACAAGCUGUCCCAUUCCUUGCCGCAUACAAAUCCUUCGAAGACGGAAGCGUCAGAAUGUUUGUACGAAGGUUUCGUGAGAAGAAAAAUCGUGUUGAGGGACGGAAAGAAGGUGUCCCUUGCGUCGUGGCAGCGGUACUGGCUCAUGCUGCGCGGUCAGCAGCUCCACUUCUUUGCCGCCAACUCAUUUAAGGGCACGAAACGCGGCGACUUCCGCGACGAGCGCUACAAGACACUGUCGCUCGAGAGCUGGACCGCCACCCGCGGCGAGUCGUCGGACUCCUUCCAGCUCAUACACCAGCACGGCACACUCUACAAGUUCAAAACUGGAUCUGAUACUACGGCCAUGCAGUGGUGGAUAAAGAUCCAAGAAGUAUCUAACAAGAUGGUGAAACCAUUGCCCGCGAAUCUCAUGCAGUUCGAAUAACCGCCACGGGCGGCGGCUACGCUCUGUGUCACUCUAACUCUCUUCAUAGACUUGUGAUAUACAGUAUCUGCAUCUGAUUGUAUUAAGUAUACGUUGGUUGAUACUUGAUUCAUCGCACAUUGCGACUUGUUGCAGCGAUACGGUCACUUUACUGUUCUCGUGCUUUACCCUACAUACCACCUCUCAAAGAAUUUGCUUUAUGAUUCAUAUAAGAAGACUCGAGGUCACCACACUGGCGCUCUUUCAUUUGUAUAUUAUUACGCCACAGGGCGUACCAAAAUUUUAUACAACAUCUCAAGUUUAUCUCUGCAUUUUUAGUUAAGAUUUGUAUUUUAUAUGAUAACAUAUAUGAAAAUGAAAGGAGCAGUUGCACUCUCAUGCUAAGUUAGUAUGAGAGUGGCAAUGCGUGGCGCGUGGCGAUGCCGCGUCAUCUAAGUCAUCUUAUAUGGUGCACGAGUGUAAAGGUAAGUGAUCCGUUCUAUACCCAUGGUUAGGUUAGGUACUAGUCAGUGUAAAAGUGUCGCGAUACCAUCAAUUAUCACGCUUAGGACACCAUUGACACCGUCGCCGAGUGUGAUGGCUCUAAUAGUCAGAAAGAACACAUAGAAAUAGUACAUUUUAAAUGUUAUGCAUAUAAUCCUUUUGAAUAUAAUGUGUAAAUAAUAUUGCUUGAAUCCACCGAUAUGAGUAUAUUGAAACUAUUAUAAGCACUCCCUCACAUGUGUGUUACUUUUUAUAAUAUUGAAUUUUAAUGGAAUACUACAAGAAUAAUUGAAAAUUUGCGGCUGAAUCCUUCGUAAGACUCGUAUUGUAAAUGAUUACUUGUUUUAUGGCUACUGUUUAGGUCUAAGUGUAGGCUCCAUUAUCGUAAAACAUUGUGAAUCCUAUCAUUGAAUACCCUCAGGUCUGGCCGCCAAAAGUUGUAGUUUAAAGUUAAGUUUAGGUGUGUUUGUGUGUACUAUACACAAAAAAUAUUUUGUGCGUUGUGUGCGUUCUGUUCUGUGGUAGGUAUUUCACAUUCGUUAAUGUAGGUACAACUUUGAGGCUUGACACAUAAGUCAACAAAAGUAACUGUGAUUCGAAAUGCUUGACCGUAGACACAUUUUGUU